CUGAAUCUCACCAAUUUCUUAUUUUCUUCUUAGUUUCUAUAAUGUAAAGUGGAAACAAAAAAUUGAAGGUAUAUCUCACUCCUUGUUUCUUUCUUCUAUGUUUGUGCAUUGGAAGUUAAAAGGAUUCAUUUCACGAAAUUUGAACAAAAGUUCAUUAAUAUGAAAUGAGUGGAGUGUUAUAAGGAUAAUGAAUUAUACACAUAAGUGCAUAACAUGGCAGAACUGAACCUGUGAUAUUGAUGUCACACUUGAAAUGGUUCAACUCUUUGCUUGGAAGCAGUGCGAACCGGUUGGUUCGUGUUUCCAUGUCCACCUACAGUCACAAAGUUGAGUUCCCCAUUAGCCUCAAACCACCAAAACCCAACCAAACCCUUAGGAAGCACCUUGAAUGCAAUAGGCACACCAAAGUGUUUCUACUCUUCAGAUCCUUGUUAAGAAAAAGACCAACUUUCAACGCCAUUGACAGCUUUUCUCUGCUUUAUGCCCUCAAAGCCUGCAACAGCAAACACUCCUCCACCCAAGGAAAACAACUGCAUACCCUCAUCGUAAAAUUUGGGUACCAAGCCAUAGUUCAACUCCAGACAUCCCUUUUAAAAGUCUAUGCCCAGUGUGGCAACCUCCGUGAUGCACACCAAGUGUUCGUUCAAAUACCCUCAAAGAAUAUCAUAUGCUGGACCUCUUUGAUUUCUGCCUAUGUUGACAACCACAAGCCUGGGAGGGCUUUGCAACUGUUCAGAGAGAUGCAGAGGAACAAUGUGGAACCUGAUCAAGUCACUGUGACCGUUGCCCUCUCUGCCUGUGCUGAGACCGGGGCACUGGAAAUGGGUGAAUGGAUCCAUGCUUUCGUGAGGUGUAAAACAGGGCUGAACAGAGAUUUGUGUUUGGAUAAUGCUCUUAUAAACAUGUAUGCAAAAUGUGGGGAUGUUGUCACGGCUAGGAAGGUGUUUGAUGGCAUGAGAAAGAAAGAUGUCACAACUUGGACUUCCAUGAUCGUGGGGCAUGCAGUCCAUGGGCAAGCAAGUGAGGCUCUUCAACUUUUUUCAGAAAUGAGCUCAAGUAGAGACAAGGGAGAUUGUGUCAUGACCCCAAAUGACGUAACGUUCAUUGGGGUUUUAAUGGCUUGCAGCCAUGCAGGGUUGGUUGAGGAAGGGAAAUGGCAUUUCAGAAGCAUGAGUGAAGUUUAUGGUAUAGAGCCCAGAGAGGCUCACUUUGGCUGUAUGGUGGAUCUCUUAUGCAGAAGUGGGCAUCUGAGAGAAGCCCGUGACUUCAUUAUGCAGAUAACAAUGCCGCCAAAUGUGAUUUUCUGGCGAACUUUGUUGGGAGCUUGCAGUGUUCAUGGUGAAUUAGAGCUAGCUGUCGAAGUUAGGCACAAACUACUCCAGUUGGAUCCUGGCUAUGUUGGUGACAGUGUUGCUAUGUCUAAUAUUUAUGCAAAUAAAGGCUUGUGGAACAACAAGAUACUAGUGAGGAAUCAGAUAAAAAAGUCUAGAGCUCCUGGUUGUAGCUCAAUUGAGGUGGAAAGUGGGGUUGGUGAAUUUCUGAUCGUUGAUGGCGAUCAUGCUUUAUGACAGAUAAGGGGUGAUGUUCCAUGGAAGCUUAUGGUUGAUCAUGUGACUUUGGAAGCUUCAUGAUAUACACUAUUGAAAUCUCUUCCCAAACUUUCUCUAGGACUGGAAUAUGCUGUAGGAGUGCAGCUGGGAACAAUGUUUGUUAUGUGUGCCACUGAAGUAUGUCACACUUAAAAAGAAAUCCGUAACACUUUUCUUCAUUCCCUUCCAAUAAAAGUUUCCAGCCAACCUCUUGUAUGUUUAUGUGAACCCAUAACUCUUGUAAUAAUAGAGGAAUCAACAAUGAACUUUUAGAUAAUAACUUCCCUUCAUUGAAAAGUAUUCCAUCCUUCGACUUGGAAAAAUCCAACCAGCAUGGACUCAUAC